UGGAGGGUGAUGGUUGUGGAGAUUCGGUUAGACGCUACUACUUUCUGACGCGAUCUACGACAAGCAUGGAGUAAGUCUAUGUUUUUCAUCGGAUAUUUUCUCACUGUCAUUUGCCCUUGGAAAGGCAUACACCCUUCAUGAAUUUGUCGAUGAGCGGUAGACCACAUUGUUUCAGCUAACGAAACCUUCCAGCAAAUGAGCGGUAGCAUGAAGGGCCCAUAUUUCUAUCAAUGUUUCGAUGGCGGCAUGAGAGACGUGGGACAUCUGCGAGUCCCCAUUCAUUUAUCGUGGCAUAUUGCUCUCGCAUCUAUUCAUGGAUUCCGAGUUUAGUGAGCGCUUCUGCAUCGCCCUCUACAGCACACUUCUUACCACCAACCACUAUGCCCGCCUCCAACAUCCUUCUCAGAGUUUCCGAAAUCGCUGAAGCUUCCGGUGUACCAUACCUCCAGAAUGUGGCUAAGGUCGCUGUAGUCUUCUUCAAGCAACUUGAGGGAAAAGGAAAGAACAAGAAAGAUGCGAAGGAGCUCUCUGAGAGCAUUGGAAAUACAAUCGUCGUUAUCGACACCCUCAUUUGUAUGCAUGGGAAAGUAGGGGCACCGUAUUUCGAGGGCAUUUGCGGUGAGAUGGAAAACUAUCUCGCCGGUAUCGCCCAGGAUCUGAAAGACGAUCAGCGAAAACACCGCGGUAUCAAGGGCAUUCUCAAUGUCGAUGACUUCAAAGAUGCCAUUCAGACUUACAGGAAGCGUGUGGACGACUUAAAAAUGGAUUUCCUGAUUCAUUUAAUGGGUGACUGCUUUUUAGAGGUCAUUCAGGUUCACAGCAUAGUGCAGGGCUUAAAGGAAGGCAGUGAGAUGCGACAAACGGACGUUGUAGAAAUGACGUCUAGAGAGUUCAUGAUUCGGAUGAUCCGGAUCACCAAACAUGCGGUUUUUUUUUUUAGCUUGAUCGAAUACCCCCGUAAGUAGACGGAUGCGACCCGGCAAUAUCAUUGGUGUAUAGUACUGGAUACCACUGCAUAGUAGUAGGCACUGGUAGACGUUGUCGUAUACCGUAUUCUAAUUUCAUAUAAGGCGCAUCACUGACCAUGAUUA